AAUCGAACACUACAAAUCUUCUUCCUCCAUGUGCGAAUGUUUACUUCGGUAGCUCGAGCCGGUCGAGGUCUUCAGUUUCAUGUCACCGCCCAGAUUCGGCAGUGUGUGACAAUGUCGGCAAUAGAGGCAGGGAAAAAGGCUGCAGCUUUUGCUGCUGUUGACGAACAUGUUAAGAAUAACCAAAACGUUGGCAUUGGAAGUGGAUCUACUGUUGUGUAUGCUGUUCAAAGGCUUGCUGAGAGAAUACAAAAAGAAAACUUGAACAUUAUCUGUGUUCCCACAUCUUUCCAGGCUAACCAGCUUAUUCAGGAGCACAAACUUAAUCUGGGAACUUUAGAGACUUGUCCAAAGUUGGAUGUAGUCAUUGAUGGUGCAGAUGAAACUGACAAAAAUCUAACAUGUAUUAAAGGAGGGGGAGGUUGCCAAACUCAGGAAAAGAUUGUGGCUUCAUGUGCCAAAGAACUCAUCAUUAUUGCUGAUGACAGGAAAGACUCCCAGGUGUUGGGUACAACUUACAAGAAAGGAAUUCCAAUAGAAGUUAUCCCUAUGUCAUACAAACCAGUACAGCUUAAAAUACAGGAGCUGUUUGGGGGUGAAGUGGUACUAAGGAUGGCCCACCAGAAAGCAGGCCCAGUGGUGACAGACAAUGGAAACUUUGUGUUAGACUGGAAGUUCUCCAAAGCCUCUGAAGACUGGGACAAAUGUAACACUGCUAUCAAAAUGAUUCCAGGUGUGGUUGAAACUGGUCUUUUUAUCAAUAUGGCCAAGGUGGCUUACUUUGGAACAGCAGAUGGAAAAGUGACCAAGAGAUCAGUGUGAUGUUCAUAGACUCUACACAUAAAAAAAGACAAUGCUUAGAUAAGGAAUGUAUGAAUUUUAAGAAAAGUAAAGGCAGAACACAGCUUUUUUGAAAAAAAACUCAAAUACUUUAUCAAGGUACGCAUGAUUUCAAGAAGUAUAUAAAUUGUAUGGCAUAUCCUGAAGUGUUCAAUGAUAUCAUUUAUGUUUGCAUAAGUUUUUAAAAUGUAAAAUAUUCAUUUUUGCAUAACUUUAAUUCUGGAAGGCCAUUACACAGAAUCUCUGGACAAACCAUGAGUAGACUACAUGUAUGCUUGCCAAUUUGUCAUCCAUGUAUAAUUUACAUGUGUAUUUAAUUAAAAUAUUUCAGAUUUUAA